AUGACAGCAGCCUCGACGACAGACGAGCGGGCGACGGAGGCCAACAACCCGAGCGGGGCGGCGGUGGGCCCCCGGAAGAGCCGGCCGGCCACGGACCUUCUGUUCCGUCUGCGGCCCCGGCCGAGCACGAUCAUCAUGUCCCUUCUGGCCCUCCGAGUGGCCAGACACGCCCGGUCGACCGGCCCGGUCCGCAGGCUCUUGCAGUCGCUCGCCCUCGCGCUCGCCGUCCUCAAUUGGCGCAUCCUCCCCUUCUACUGGCACGCUAUGACCCUCGUCUUCCCCAUCCUCAAGGCUAAACUCCUCCGCUGGAAACUCGGCUCCUCCACCGCCGCUUUCGUCUCCCAUCUGGGCGUCCUGGGCAGAAGCCCGUUCGAGGCUCGCAUCGUCUCCAAGCAUUGUGCCACUUGGAAUUCCUGCGAUUUUAUGUUGCACAUGUCUAACUCGGCCUAUGCGAUUGCCCUGGACGAAGCACGAGCGAUGUGGCAGAUCCAGAUGAUUGGGGCGGCAAUGCGAGCGGACCACGAGCGGGUCCGACCCAUGAUAGCUUCGACCCACUUUACCUACUUCGCCGAAAUCCCAAUCCUAGCUGACUUUGAGGUAGAGUUCCGCCCGGUUGCGUGGGACCAGAAAUGGCUCUACCUUUUGGCGACAUUCACAACCGACCCACCCAAAGGAUCCCAGACCCGCACUCUGAACUGCUUAUCGAUAACCCGGAUGGUGAACAAGGUCGGCCGACGGACGGUGCGCCCUGAACGACUGAUGGGCCUGAGCGGCCUCGGCCUGGAAGCCUCACAAUGGGACACACUCGCCCGGCUCCGGCUCCGGGACGAUGGCACCCAUCACCCAACUUCCUCCAACAGCUAUAACCUCAACCCUGCCCAGGAAUGGCUCGUCUCGCCCGAACCCUUCGAGCCUUUCCAAAAGUAUGAAUCCCUCCGGCUCAAAAACCUCGAGAUCAUUCGGACUGGUUUGGACGGUGAUCUCAAGACCGGCGCCGAACGAUUGAAAGAAUUGUAA